AUGGCGGCCCAGGAGGCGGCCCAGGAGGAUAGGAUUUCCGAGUUUGAUUUUGCUUUGCUCCCGGAGCUGUCUGCUUUUCUAGGCAUAGAUGCAGUUCAGUUCGCCAAAGAAAUGGAAGAAGGAUUUCAGAAGGAACGAGAAAAAAUGCAGAAAGGCUUUAACUCACACAUGCGCAGUGAAGCAAAAAGGUUGAAGAGUUUUGUGACCUAUGAGCACUACAGCUCAUGGACGCCACAGGAGAUGGCAGCAGCCGGGUUUUAUUUCACUGGCGUAAAAUCUGGGAUUCAGUGCUUCUGCUGCAGCUUAAUCCUCUUUGGUGCCAGCAUCCACAGACUCCCCAUAGAACUUCACAAGAAGUUUCGUCCACGUUGUGAGUUCCUUUUGGGCAAAGAUGUUGGUAACAUUGGCAAGUAUGAUAUAAGAGUCAAGAAUCCAGAGAACAUGCUGAGAGGCGAUAAAGCAAGGUACCAGGAAGACAGGGCCAGACUCGAAUCCUUCCAGAACUGGCCAUUUUAUGUGCAAGCGGUAUCCGUGAGGGACCUCUCAGCUGCUGGUUUUGUCUUUACAGGUAAACGGGACACUGUGCAGUGUUUUUCCUGUGGUGGAUGUUUAGGAAACUGGGAAGAGGGAGACGAUCCUUGGAAGGAACAUGCCAAGUGGUUCCCCACAUGUGAAUUUCUUCAAAGUAAGAAAUCCUCAGAGGAAAUUGCACAGUAUAUCCAAAGCUACAAGGGAUUUGUUGGUGUCACGGUAAUUUAUAACAGCAAAUAUUUUCUCAAUAGUAUAGUGUUCAGAGAGCUUCCCGUUUUUCAAGCAUAUUGCAAUGACAGCAUCUUUGCUAAUGAAGGACUACGACUGGAUUCUUUUAAGAGCUGGCCCCAUGCAUUCCCUGCAGGAGUUUCAGCUCUGGUCAGAGCAGGUCUUCUCUAUACAGGCACGAAGGACAUCGUCCAGUGUUUCUUCUGCGGAGGAUGUAUGGAGAACUGGAAGGAAGGUGAUGACCCAUUAGAAGAUCAUGCCAAAUAUUUUCCCAAUUGUCAGUUUCUCCAAAAUCUGAAGUCCUGUGCAGAAGGGAUUCUAGACGAUCACAACCACUGUGAACUUUCUGAAUUAACGGACACCACAAGUGAAAGCUAUGGUGAAGAUUCAGCAGCAGUUAGUUCUGUAGUACUAGCAGCGGCCCAGGGUGAAGCCCAGUGGCUUCAGGAGGCGAAGAAUCUGAGCGAGCAGCUGAGAGAAUCCUAUACCAGUGCCAGUUUCCGCCACAUGUGUUUGCUUGAGGCCUCUCCCUCUCUGGCCACCGACCACUUGCUGGGCUGUGAUCUAGCCCUGGCUUUAAAACACAUCAGCAGUCCUGUGGAAGAGCCUGUGGUGUUGCCGGAGGUCUUUGCCAACUUGAACUCUGUCAUGUGUGUGGAGGGCGAAGCAAGUAGUGGAAAGACAGUCCUGUUGAAGAAAAUAGCUCUUCUAUGGGCAUCAGGAUGCUGUCCCUUGCUGAACAGGUUCCAGCUGGUCUUCUAUCUCUCCCUUAGUUCUACCAGACUGGACCAGGGGCUGGCCACCAUCAUUUGUGACCAACUCCUAAAAACGGAAGGCUCUGUCACCGAAACGUGCCUGAGGAACAUCAUUGAGCAGUUAAAGAAUCAAGUGUUAUUCCUUUUGGAUGACUACAGAGAGAUGUGCUCAGUUCCCCAGGUCAUAGAAAAACUAAUUCAAAAAAACCACUCAAGGAGCUGCUUAUUGAUUGGUGUACAUACAAACAGGGCCAGGGACAUCCGCCGAUACCUAGACACGAUUCUGGAGAUAAAAGUGUUUCCCUUCUAUAAUACCAUGUAUUUAUUACGGAAACUCUUUUCACACGAUAUGAGUUGUCUGCGAAAGUUUAUGGUUUACUUUAGAAUGAGCGAGAAUUUGCGGGGAAUUCACAAGACUCCUCUCUUUGUAACAUCACUGUGUGCUAACUGGUUGCAGUAUCCUUUGAACAAAGCCAUUGAUGGUGUGGCUGUUUUCAAGUCGUAUAUAGAAUGCCUUUUCUUAAAGCACAAAUCUAAAGCUGAACUUGUCAGAGCAACCGUGUCCUCUUGUGGCGAGCUGGGCUUGAAAGGUUUGUUUUCAUCUUGCUUUGAGUUCAGUGAUGAUGACCUUACAGAAGCAGGAAUUGAUGAAAGGGAAGGUUUAGUCUCGUGCCUCUUGAGCAAAUUCACAGCCCAGAGACUAAGACCGGUCUACCAGUUUCUAAAUCCCGCAUUCCAAGAAUUUCUUGCAGGGAAGAGGCUGAUUGAACUUCUGGAUUCUGACAGGCAAGAAGAUCAAGAUUUGGGACUUGCUUAUUUGAAACGAAUUAACUCAUCAGUGACGGCUGUAGGUCUCUACAGCACUCUUUUGAAUUACCUCUCCUGCCACCCUUCAACAAAGGCAGGGCCAAAGAUUGUAUCUCAUUUGCUUCAUUUGGCAGAUAGUAAAGAGUCAUUGGAGAUAAUAUUGAAAAACAGUAACUACUUGAAGCACCAUCCAGAAAUUUCAGAGAAGUUGGAAUGUAUGAGGUCAGUGUGGCAGGUAUCUCCAGAAAGUUACUUUUCCAUCGUUUCAAACCAGUUACUGUCUCUUGCCAUAAAAAUUGCUUACCAAAGCCACACUGUUGCUGCCUGCUCUCCAUUUAUUUUGCAGUUCCUUCAAGGGAAAACCCUGAAUUUGGAUGUACUUAAUUUACCGUAUUUUUUUGACCACCCAGAAAGCCUAUUAUCGUUGAGGAGCAUCCAGGUCUCCAUAAGAGGACAUGAGGUACACACACUAGAUUUGUCAAUCUUGGAAACAUGCAUAGACAAAUCACAGGCACCGACUGUUGAUCAGGACUGUGUUUCUGCCUUUGAAUCUGUGAGUGCGUGGAAGCAGGAUAUAGCUGAAAAAGAAGAAAACAUAAAGCACUUUGAGAACCUGAGACUCGCGAAACUACCAGACAUCAGUUCUGGCUACUGGCUCCUUUCUCCAAAGCAGUACAAGAUCCCCCUUCUGGAAGUGCAUGUGUCUGGAGGGGCCACUGUGAACCAGGAGAUGCUCAGGGUUCUCACAGUCAUUUUCUCAGCCUCGCAGUGCAUCGAACUCCAUUUACAAAACAGCGGGGAAUUUAUGGCCGGCAUCAGCCCUGCUCUGGAGCAGAGUAAGAACUCUGUCACCAAGUGCUCAGUGUUCUGCCUGGAGCUGAGCACAGCAGAACAGGAAUUGCUUCUCACCCUGCCUGCCCUGGAGUCUCUUCAAGUCUUGGGGACAAGGCAGGUACCAGGUAAACUUCUUACUAAUUUGGACAAGUUCCUAUGCCUGAAAGAACUCUCUGUGGAUCUGCGUCAUCAACAAAAUGUUUUUGCACUUAUUCCUGAAGAAUUCUUCAAUCUCCACCACAUGGAGAAAUUAUUGAUCCAAAUUUCAGCUGAGUAUAGUCCUUCUAAGCUAGUGAAAUUAAUUCAGAAUUCUCCAAACCUUCAUGUUUUUCAUCUGCAAUGUAAUUUCAUUUCGGAUUUUGAAUCUCUCAUGACUGCACUUUCUUCCUGCAAGAAACUCAAAGAAAUUAAUUUUUCUGGAUCAUUUUUCACACCCAUCCCAUUUGUCACUGCUUUGCCAAAUUUUAUUUCCCUGAAGAUACUAAGUCUUAAAAACCAACAAUUUCCUGAUAAGGAAACAUCUGAAAAAUUUGCCUACACCUUAGGUUCUCUUAACAACCUGGAAGAACUGGAACUCCCUCCUGGGGAUGGGAUUCAGCAAGUGGCCAAACUGAUCAUCCAGCAGUGUCAGCAUCUUCAGUUUCUUCGAAUUCUCUCAUUGUGCCAGAUUUUGGAUGAUGACAGUGUGAUGGAAAUUGCCAAGGUAGCAAUCGAUGGAGGUUUCCAGAAACUUGAGGACCUGAAUCUUUCAGUCAAUCACAAGAUUACAGAGGAAGGAUACAGAAAUUUCUUUCAAGCACUGGACAACAUGCCACACUUGAAAGAGUUGACUAUUUCUAGGCAUUUUACUAAAUGCAUCAAAGCUCAGGCCACAACAGUCAAGUCUUUGUGUCAGUGCAUGUCACGACUGCCAAGCCUCAUCAGACUUAACAUGUUGAGUUGGCUCCUGGAUACAGAAGACAUCACACUGCUUACCGCCAUGAAGGAAAGACAUCCUCAAUCUAAACGUUUAUUUAUCCACUGGAAAUGGGUACUGCCAUUCUCUCCAAUUGUUCAGGAAUAG